GAUCCAGCCAUGGCCCGGCUCCUCUCCUCUCUGGGACUCUUCUUCAGGAUCAACACGUUCCUCUGUCUGCUCCUCCUCUACCUCCUCUUGAUCGCGCUGGGAGCCCUGGUGUUCUCGGCCGUGGAGAAGCCGGUGGAGGAGGAGCUGAGGGCGGAGGUGCAGGAGGUGUGGCGCUCCUUCCUGCAGGAGAACCCGUGUGUGGAGGAGAGCAGGCUGAGGGAGGUGCUGCGGAGAACUCUGUCUGCUCAUCAGAGGGAUGUUCCUGUCCUGAAGGAGGAAGAGGACGAGGAGGAGAGACGUCAGGGUUUCACGUCAUCACUUUACUUUGUCAUCGUCACGCUCACCACCAUGGGUUCCGACUCUUACACGCCCAAAUCAGACGAGGCCAAACUCUUCUGUAUCUUCUACUGCACCCUGGGGAUCCCCCUCACCCUGUUCCUCCUCACCCUCCUCUCCAACCUGCUCCUCCCCGUCCUCACCCACGCUCCUGUCCACCUCCUGCACACUCUGUGGGGUUUCCCUUACACCCAGGCCGCUCUCCUCCACGCUGGCCUCCUCUCCGUGCUCGUCCUCUGCCUCCUCUUCCUCCUCCCCGCCCUCCUGGUGCUCCUGCUGGAGCCAAACUGGAACUUCCUGGACGCACUCUUCUUCUGCUUCCUCACCCUGAGCACCGUCGGCCAGGGGGGAGACACUUUGGGGAGGAGCUGGAGUCCUGGAGCAAAGGAGACCCUGGAGCUCCUCACCACGUGUUACCUGGUGGGGGGUCUGGUGGUUCUCAUCACCUUUAAGGACACCGUGCUGCAGGUCCCUCAGGUGUGCGCGCUGCUCAGGCUCCUCUCCGGUCCUCAGUAUGCAGAGCUGGAAGGUUUCUACCUGAAUGAAAUGACCGUGAGCGAGUGUGAGGAGGAGCCCCAGUACUCCCAGUCCAUCUGCACCAUCUCCUCCCCCCCUCUCCGCCUUCCGAGCCCUCGUACAGACCGACAGACCGCUGAAACAGAGCUCCACGCCACCACAACCUCUACGGACAAAACCAGCUGAGCCUCAGCACACAAA